GCGAUAUUGAAGGUGAAUAGAUUAGUCACUACUGUCACUAGUAUCAGUUGUGAGCGGUGUCCUCGCAUUGCGUGACGUGUCCGCUAACAUACGAGAUAUCGUGACUGUUUUCAUAAAACUGCAUUUCUUUUCUCACUUUUGUUUCUGUGAUAUGGCGAAGGAUAAAAAAUGGCAGCUGUUACUGGAUAUAUUCGUGUUAGCGUGCGUGGGAGUCCCACUUCUAGCGUUGACGCAAUGGGCCUACCCGUUCGAGCGUGGUUUCUUCGUCCAUGAUGACUCCAUACGGCUGCCGUUUAUGCAGCAAACCGUGACAGAAGCAGCCCUAGGUCUCGUCGGGUUCGCACUGAAUAUAGCUACAGUAAGUAAUCACAUCCAGGGAAAAUCCAGGGAAAACGAAAAUGUGGAAGAAGACGUACCUCGUGGUUCAAAACCCUCAGAAGCCGCCCUAGGUCUCAUCGGUUUCGCACUGAAUAUAGCUAUAGUAAGUAAUCACAGCUGGUUCAUAUUUAUCCAUGAUGACUCCAUACGGCUGCCGUUUAUGCAGCAAAGCGUGACAGAAGCCGCCCUAGGUCUCGUCGGGUUCGCACUGAAUAUAGCUACAAUAUUGAUAAUCGAGUACCUACAAAACCGGAGGGAAAAGAACCCCAACCAGAAGUACCUCUUCGGUUUCACGGUACCAGCGUGGGUGUGGCAGAGUUACAGUACCAUAAGAACGUUCGCGUUUGGCGCCGUGUGCCAACAGCUGCUUUCCAAUCUGACGAAAUAUGUCGUCGGGAGGCUUAGGCCACAUUUCAUGGAUGUAUGCCGUCCCGAAUACAACGAGACGUUGCCGGCAAAUGCCUUGGGCUACAUCCAGGUCUACACUUGCGCCACCCGGACUGAUCCCGCCUACCAAUCUUACCUCAAAGACAUGCGGCUAUCCUUCUUCAGCGCUCACUCCAGCUUCGCUAUGUAUGCGGCGGUGUUUUUCAUUGUUUACAUUCAGUUUAAAGGCAGAUGGCGCGGCUCUAAGCUGCUUCGCCACGCUAUCCAAUUCUUCGCGUUGAUGGGAGCCUGGUACGUGGGGAUGACGCGUGUGGUAGAAAACUUCCACCACUGGAGCGACGUUGCUGUGGGCUUCAUUAAUGGCGCCAUCUUUGGAUUUUUGGUGGUAAUCUACAUCCUGAAGCCAACAAAACGCCUGCCCAUAACCUGGCAGGACGCGCCGGCGAGCACGCUCCCGGUCGCGCGGUGACGCCUGCGGCGCCAGCGGUUCAGACUUCUGGUCGUGCUGCAGUUCA